AAGAAUCAAUUAUCCCUUGUCCAAAUGAACGUGGGUAGUAGCGCUUCCCAACACAUAUAUUUAAUAACCACGAACCGAGUCCCCAUAAUAAUACUCCCCUAUGAGAUAUGGUUAAGAUACAAAAUUUGAUUUGUUAGUUACUGCUUCCUCGUUUAAUGGCGACCGGCACUCCUCACGUUCACCAUGUGAACGCACAAAAACCUGUUACUUCUGUUUUUGCGGGGUAAACGAGCUCCUCUCCUUUUACUAUAACAUCCUGAAGCUGGUGCUACAAGGAAGGAGACGUCAGUUUCAGGUGCGCAGCCCCAACUCUUCCCAGCAGGUGCAAUAAUACACGGCGUUUGUUUCACCGGAACCAGGAACGAGUUGAGAUGGGAGGCAUCGAAAUUACUGUGGCUUGACUUGAGGACAAAGGCUGGUAAAAUCAGAUCCAUCCACAGGGCAAAAGGGCCACUUAUUUAUGUAUUGUUGGCGUCAGUCAUUUGGGUAUAGGAAUUUCUCGGUGGAAGGAAACACAGGCCUCACGCUCCCACUCCACUCCACCCCACCCCCUGAGGCGCACCAGCAAUUUGGGAAGGAGGCCUCGCAUGCCCCUAGUGGCAGUGUUGAGCAUCCGCCGCGAUAAAGUACGGUGUGAAGAGCGGAACUGGUUUCUUGAUCCUGUCACCCAGUUCCAUGCUUGUGGAUACAAGCGCACCAACCCCAAGGUUUAGAUAGCAGUAGGAGAAGCUGGCAGCAAAUCAACUUUCCCGAUGCCAAAAGGUGGGCACUACCGAUUUCUGGGCCCUGUUGCUUUUUGAUGAACAUGAGGGAAGCCAGCAAAAACGGAGCUGCUAAUUUUUCAGUUUCAUCAGAGUUCAAAAUGCAGCAGCUGGUUUCUUGCCUGGGUGUGUGGUUUUUCCUCCAGCUUCCCAACCUUGGUUCUGGAACACGUGUUGUCUACAAAGUACAGGAAGAGCAGCCACCCAAUACACUCAUUGGAAGUCUGGCAGCAGACUAUGGCUUCCCAGAUGUAGGGCAUCUCUAUAAAUUAGAGGUGGGUGCCCCCUAUCUGCGUGUGGAUGGCAAGACUGGUGAUAUCUACACCACAGAAACUUCCAUUGAUCGGGAAAGCCUGAGAGAGUGCCAGCACUUGUUCCCAGGAGAUCCUUGUUUUCUGGAAUUUGAGGUUUCUAUCACAGACCUGAUGAAAAAUAGCCCACGCCUACUGGAGGGACAGAUUGAAGUGAUGGACAUCAAUGACAAUACACCCAACUUUGCAUCUCCUGUCAUCACACUAGCCAUUCCUGAAAAUACCAAUAUUGGUGCACUUUUCCCUAUUCCAUUGGCCAUGGAUCGUGAUGCUGGUGCCAAUGGUGUUGCUUCCUAUGAACUCAUGCCUGGUUCAGAUGCCCAGAAACUUUUUGGCUUACAAGUAGCAGAGGAUCAAGAUGAGAAACAGCCACAACUAAUUGUAAUGGGAAACCUAGACCGGGAGCAAUCAGAGUCUUAUGACUUAACUAUCCGGGUUCAAGAUGGGGGUAGCCCACCUCGUGCUAGCAGUGCUUUGUUGCGGAUCACCAUUCUGGACAUGAAUGACAAUGCACCAAAGUUUGAGAAACCAUUGUAUGAGGCUGAACUUUCAGAAAAUAGUCCUAUUGGUCACUCUGUACUGCAGGUGAAAGCCAAUGAUUCUGAUCAGGGUGCCAAUGCUGAGAUUGAUUAUUCCUUCCAUCAGGCUUCAGAUGUAAUUCAUCGACUGCUACGCUUAGACAGAGCUACUGGACUCAUCACAGUACAAGGUCCUGUUGAUCGUGAAGAUAUUAAUGUGCUCAAGUUCUCAGUGUUGGCUAAGGACAAGGGAGCUAACCCCAAAACAGCCCGUGCCCAGGUAGUGAUCAGUGUCAGGGAUAUGAAUGAUAAUGCUCCAUCCAUUGAAAUUCGUGGUAUUGGUUUGGUGACUCAUCAGGAUGGCAUUGCCAAUAUUUCAGAAGAUGUGCCAGUUGAGACACCUGUGGCUCUGGUGCAGGUGUCUGAUCGGGAUGAGGGUGAAAAUGCUGUUGUAACCUGUGUGGUGGCUGGUGAUGUACCUUUUCAGCUGCGACAAGCCAGUGAUACCGGCAGUGAUAGCAAAAAGAAAUAUUUUCUACAGACCACUACACCUUUGGAUUAUGAAGCAGUGAAAGAGUAUACCAUUGAGAUUGUAGCUGUGGAUUCUGGUAACCCACCUCUGUCAAGCACUAAUUCCCUAAAAGUGCAGGUGAUGGAUGUCAAUGACAAUGAUCCAGUGUUUAGCCAGAGCUCAACAGAGGUGGCAUUUCCUGAGAAUAAUUCUCCAAAUGACUUGGUGGUAGAAGUGAGUGCUACUGAUGCAGAUAGUGGAUCUAAUGCUAAACUGGUCUACUCCCUUGCUGGAGAAUCUUUAUCAAAAGACACUUUCUCAAUUGAUCCAGAAUCUGGUGAAAUCCAUGUAAAAAAUGUGCUGGACCGGGAACAGCAAGAACGUUAUGAAUUCUUAGUAGUUGCAACUGACAAGGGUAGCCCUAGCCGCAAAGGAACUGCCUCAAUUGCCAUCAGUGUCAUGGAUCGCAAUGAUAACGACCCAAAAUUCAUGCUCAGUGGCUACAAUUUUUCUGUCAUGGAAAACAUGCCACCGCUGAGUCCAGUGGGCAUGGUGACAGUUAUUGAUGCAGACAAAGGAGAUAAUGCUGUCAUUCAGCUGUCAGUGGAACAGGACAAUGGUGACUUUGUCAUCCAAAAUGGUACUGGAACCAUUCUCUCCAGUAUAUCUUUUGAUCGUGAACGACAAAGUACUUACACUUUCCGACUUAAAGCUGUGGAUGGGGGAGACCCACCUAGAUCUGCUUAUGUGGGGGUGACAAUUAAUGUAUUAGAUGAGAAUGACAAUGCUCCUGUAAUUAUAUUUCCAUCCAAUGCUUCCUAUAAACAUAUUCUGCCUAAUACUAGUCCUGGGCAACAGGUUAUGAGUGUUGGAGCUGAAGACAUUGAUUCUGGAAUCAAUGCUGAAUUACUAUUUAGAAUUGCUGGGGGAAACCCCUUUGAACUCUUUAAGAUUUCAUCUGUAAGUGGAAAUAUCACACUAGAAAAAGAGAUUCUCCGCAAGCACCAUGGACUUCACCGCUUGGUUGUACAUGUAAAUGACAAAGGGAAACCUUCUCACCAUGGCACAGCAUUAGUUCAUUUUUAUGUGAAUGAAACAUUGGCUAAUCGGACACUGUUGGAAACUCUAGUAGGACACAGCCUGGACACACCUAUUGACAUUGACAUUGCUGGAGACCCAGAGUAUGAACGCAACAAGCAGCGCAGUAAUAUUUUGUUUGGAGUCAUUGCAGGCAUUGUGGCUGUUACCUUGAUAAUUUUGCUAGUUGUGUUGGUACGCUACUGCCGUCAAAAGGAGGCCAAAAGUGGUUAUCAAGCUGGUAAAAAGGAAACUAAGGAUCUGUACGCUCCGAAACAAAGUAGCAAAGGGAGCAAAGCCAAAAGCAAAGUGAAAAAAAGCAAAUCCACUAAGCCACCAAAACCAACUGAGGAUGAAGAAGAAACAGGUCUGCAGAAAUCACUUAAAUUCAACCUUAUGAAUGAUUCAGUAAGUGACAGUCCCCGCAUCCAUCUGCCUCUUAAUUAUCCACCUGGAAGCCCUGACUUGGGCCGCCAUUACCGUUCCAAUUCACCUUUGCCUUCCAUUCAACUGCAACCCCAAUCACCAUCUGCCUCCAAGAAGCAUCAGGUAGUACAGGACCUCCCAGCCACCAAUACAUUUGUGGGCACUGGGGACAGCAAUUCUACAGGCUCGGAGCAGUAUUCAGACUACAGCUACCGUACCAACCCUCAGAAAUACACCAAUAAACAGUUACCUCAUCGCCGAGUGACAUUUUCUGCAGCCAAUCAGGCUCAAGAUCUGCAGGAUCCCUCCCAGCACAGUUACUAUGACAGUGGCCUUGAAGAGUCAGAAACACCUAGCAGCAAAUCUUCAUCAGGGCCUCGGAUAGGGCCUCUGGCUCUACCUGAGGACCACUAUGAGCGCACCACACCUGAUGGCAGCAUUGGUGAGAUGGAACACCCUGAGAAUGAUCUCCGACCUUUGCCUGAUGUAGCCUUGACAGGGACCUGUACUCGAGAAUGCACAGAGUUUGGUCACUCUGAUACCUGCUGGAUGCCAGGUCAGUCCUCUCCAAACCGGCGGCCCAAGAAUGCCCUCAAACUCUCCACAUUUGUGCCUUAUCAAGACAGAGGGAGUCAAGAACAAGUUGGGAAUGGAAGUCCGAGACUCUCAGAAGAGUGCAACACCAAAAUGGCUAACCUCCGCCUGCUCCCCACAUACAGUGCCUUCUCCAACAGUAGCCAUGAGCCCUGCAAGAAUUCCCCCAUGGAGGAAAUCCCUCUCACCCAGACCUCAGAUUUCCAAACAGCCACCACACCAUCAUCCCAAACAGCCAAACGAGAGAUAUAUCUGUGAGAAUGAGGAAGCCACAUAAUAUCUGAAAACAAUGCUGAGACCAGCGUCUAGUGCUCCAGCAUGAAGUGACUUUUCAAACUAUGAUUCUUUAUCACUCAUCACACGCAGUUCUGUGCCUGCCAGAUGAGACCGCCUUGCCCAGUGAUUGGGCAUGGAAACACUUCAUUAACUGAUUCCUCAUUGGUCAAGGGAACUGACACCAACCAAAAUGGCCACGCUCUCAAUAGAGUGAUCCAUGGAUAUCUGGAAAGAGAGAGAAAGGAAUAUAGUGAAGAGAGCUUGGCUUCUUGGUUUCAGGGUUGGGGUGGGUGGGAAAUGGCUUAGUUACCAAAGGUCCACACAGAUUUGGUGGAGUCCAUUGGGCACAGGGCUGAGAGCUCUUGGCACAGGUACAGGGGGAAAAGCUGCCUCUCUUGUUACUAUAGACUCCUGUAAAUAUGAAUUUUAGGAAUGACAUUUAUGUCUUGCCUGAGUGAGUUUUAUUUGUCCUUGGAACAAAAAGACAUUGAAACAAACAAAACCACAGGGAGAAAUUUUCUCCUUGAACUUUAGACCACACAGAAAAGCACAUUGGGGCAAGCACUUCCAACCAGCCCACCCUUUACUUCCACAGUGUAAAUAAAAAUAAGAAUAAAACAUCGGUUGGGAGCGGGGUAUUCUGGCUGGUCAGCAGGACUGAGUAGGAAGGACUUGGCAGAGUUUUUAAAUCUUAAUCACUUUUCAGACUUCAGAAACUCUUAUCAGGUGUGGAGGAGCCCUAUGGCUAGUAGUCAGUGCUUUUAGCUGUCCUCCUUUGCCCCUACCCCAUAGAUAAUGAACUGCAGUAGUUUAAAAAAGUGGAAGAAUCUUUAGUUUUUCAGAUGGUAGAAUAUCUAACUCCCCCAAAUUAUACCACUGUCUCAUGUGAGGCAGAGAAUUUCCAUGGGGUCAUUAUGCCCCAGUGCCAUGAUUCUGCCCUUUGAUUUGUCUGCCUGUAAGCCACCAUUGCCUUUGUGAAAUGGAGCUUGGACUCAGGGUCACACUUGGGCUCAUGGGCCUCUGUAUGCUGGAGUCACAUACCCCCUCCCUAUGCCUUUAGACAGCCUCAAGGGCUCCAAUAUUUUCUUCCAGUGCCGUUUAGCUACACAGUAUUCAACUACAGGAGCCUGUCAUAGUUUCAGAAGAGGCCCAUAAAAAUGGUGCAACUAUUCAUGGGCAUUAUUAUCCCCAACCAUUGAUGUCAUCAUUUGAGAUCACUCAAAAGACCAGCUCCGAAUUUAUAAGAGAGCACUCCAGCAAGCAGUGGGCUGCUUUGGUGACUAAGUUCUUAAAUCCCUCAGUAUUCUAGACUUACCUAGGCCUGAUUCCAGAUAAUAUAGUAUUAAUGGCAAUCAUUUGUCAGCUAGUAUUUAUGGCCUUUUUCCAAUAGAUAUGGUAGUGAAAGACAGUCUCCAGACUGGGGACCUAUCCACCAAACUAGCUGACAUUUGUUGGACCCAUCUUGUUUUUCUUGGCUUAAUUCUUCUGGUUCCAACAGGCCCAACUUUUUCCACACACAUUGCCAUGUGUUUUUCUAAGCUUCAUUGCAGAAGGUGGGCUGGAUGUUGGCCUUCUUUGCUGUAUCUCUGUUCAACUUUCUCAAUUGCAUGUGUCUAGGAAGGAAAGGAAACAGACAUGAUAUGCUUUGUAAAACUAUUGUUUGUGUGGGUAUAUGUUUGACAGGACUGAACAUUUGGAGAUAGGUUGGUUAUCCAACUGGUAAACUGGUAGGAGUGACAUAAAGCAAUUUUCAUUUUCUUCUAAUCAUCAGAGAUGAUUUCUAGGAUAAUAUGAAAGUUUAGUGUCUCCCUGUAUUUUCUGUCCUCUAGUGAGCAGACUGCUGAUCACCUUCUGACCAUACGUAGUGGUAGUGGGAAGCAUUGCAGAGAGAAGUUCAGUGACUCUAUUCAUCUCAUGGACAAUUAGGUGACUGAAUUCUAGUAUUUGAGUCUCAGGCUUGAGAUCACAGGCAACUUCCAGUGCAUAUAAAAAACAAGGACUUCUUCUAUCCCUAUACUUUUUAAGGCUCAGGGCUAUUUCAGCAGCAAUCCAUAAGAUGGAGAGCAGGAAUAUAGCACUUCCUAUCCACUCUUGUAUCAAGAGCCUAAGGUUAGGGUGAUCAUGUGUAAUGUAAACAGGAAAAAGUUCUAAAAUAAUUUGUUGAUUUUUAAUAUGAUAUGUGAAUCCACAUAUUAGGGCUUAGCAAACCAGACUGCUUUGGCUUGUGCCUCAAUUCUUGGUUAAAAAUCUGUCUGGACUGUAUGUAUAAAUAUAGUUAUUGAGAUUAAUAAAUAAAAGCGUAAAUAAACACUGUCCAAGGAGGGUUUCAGCUAUCCACCAUACCUAGAUUCUUUCCAAGGUAAUUAUAUGGUAUGGAAAGAACAGGUCUUUCCUGUUCUCUUCUGUUCUACUCUACUCUAUUCUAUUCUUUCCCACUAUGAAAGGAAUAGAUGGAAGCCAAAAUCAUUAAUGAAGGAAUACCUGCAUUGCUCAGGUAAGAUUAUCCUCUUUUAGGCCUAUCCAUAGUUUUAAACUUACUUAAUCAUUGGAAAAAAUAAGGUUGCUUUUUGAUGAUAAGCCAAGGCUGAUAACCUGAAUGUGGAGAGCUCUUCAUCCCUUUUCGUUUGGUUUUACCAGAGAUAUGAAAUAAAAAGGCUACUCAGGUAAAGGGAUUGAAAAACAGUAUUACCUGACCCCCAAACUCAACUAAGAUUUGAAAUGUGUUUUGUGUGAGGCAAAAGGGAAGAUGGCACCAGUAGUAAUUGAAAUAUAGUCUUAAGGAACACUAAAGUUGCCACUGAAUAUAAAGAUGCCAUAGGAGUGUAAGUGGUUGAUAAUCCAAUGGUCAAAAUACCAUUAGGAGAUACUCACCUUCACAAUUUCAAACCAAGAAAUGCAUGCCUAGGAAAAGAGGUGGAGAAGAUUAGGAAGAAGAGCAUUCCAUGAGUUCUGGUCUAGAUAAGUGCAUUGAAACGUAAGGGGAAGAAUUUUGAGAACUACUUUAGGACAAGCCAGGGAUAAUACCAAAGGUGCAAGGCCAGACACAGAUCAGCUGAGUGAGAUGGAACGAAGGAACCCCUUUGUAAUUCUUCGUGUUGAUUCUAUUUAUACGAGAUUUCAGUUCUUGCUUGUGAUGCCUUGUUUUUUUUGUACAGUUUUAUGUACAUGCAGGUGUAGCUUUUUCUAAAGGAGAAAUCCUACAGCAGAGUAAAGAGUACCCAACUAUUUUUGAAUUGUGCCAUUUGUUUAGGUACUGCCUCUUUCUCUUUUGCUAAGGUUGUAUUGCUCUCAAUGUGAUGCAUAUCCCUUGCACUGGGAAAGCUUUGGGCCUAGGGCUUAGUUCUCCCCUGGCACUGUGAGCACAAUUGAUUCCUUUGUAAUCCUUUUUGUUUGGAGCCGUGAGCAUGACACCUCGUGAGCCCAUUUUGUUCUCUUCCAUUCUGUUAGUUUGCUGAGCUGUCAGAUGACAAACACCACUGUAAUUAGCCCUCCCAAAGCUUUACAAUAAAAAAUG